AUGACGAAACGUGUCACUAGAAAGAAGAGCCGUGCCAGCGGGGUUUCGAGUCCCGCGAAACCAACAGCUCGCAGGCCAGCAGGCCGCACGCGCAAGACUCCCAAGUCGCGAGGGGCGAGGGAAGCAAGCGAGGAGGCAGAGCAAGGAGCGUCGAGCAUCUUUUCCGGCAACAUGGACUUGUACAGUUGUGAGCUGGAAUCGCUCAAGGAAGCCUACCUGCCCGACGGUGCAGAGACGGCCACGGUGCGGUACAAAGAGGUGUACGAGAAAAUCUGGGAGCUCCAGCUGAGGCACGAGUACAGCGCGCGGAUCUUCCUGGACGGAGAUCAAGGCCGCUUCAGGACCGACACUAUCUUCGACCCGAUCUCGAAAGAUGAAUAUGAGAUUUCUAUCAUCCACAUCGAGAUGGAGGACCCAUUGACCUUCAGCGAAGACGAGAGAGCGCUGUUGCCUGCACCCGAGCUGAGCCCGCCGAGGGGCGCAGGUAUGUCCGGGAGAACGUCGACCCGGUUUGGCUACUGUGGCGUCAGCGACGCUGAGGGCGUGUUCAAGAUGCAGCGCGUGUGGGUCGGAGAAGGCGGCGAGGAGCUGUUCGAGGGAUACUUCUCGCUGGACGUGACUUAUAGCUACACGUGGAUAAUGGCCGGACACGGGCCCGAGGUAGCCUACAAGAUGCCAUUCUGGGCGGUCAGGGCGAGGAGGGACCAGCUCGGCGAGGAGAUUGGACUGGGACCAGUCUUCCUGGAGUCGGAGGAACCGAAUAUAGGAUGGAAGUGGUCAGUGGAUACUUGA